AUGGCGCCGGUAGCAGCAACAGUUGCGCUUUCGCACGUUGAGGGGAUUUCCGAUUCCGCCAGAGCCAGAGAAUUAUACAAGUACUAUCAACCUACUGCGCCCAUAAAUACCGAGACAUGUUUUCCAGCACCUCCAUCAUCCACGGAGCCUGGCAAUCAGAACUUGGAAGUACAAUCUGAUAUUACUUCAACCAAAAUUUCCUCUCCAGAUACAUCGUUGACAGCAUUCUGCCAACUAGUAUCAUGGAGAUUAGAGGUGCAAAGAGCAAUGAUCAGUCUUAUCGAUGAUGGCACACAGUAUUUCAUUGCAGAAAGCACAAAAUCAUUAAACCUAGUGGAUGCAACAAAGCACAAACCAGGUGAUGAGUUGUGGCUCGGCUGUACUUCCGUGUCAAAGGCUGGUAGGUUGUGUGAGAGGACCAUCGAAACUGCCCCAACCGCAUCGGGUGAUGAAUAUCCUUCAUUCAUUGUCAAUGAUUUGACAUUAGAUGAUCGAUUCAAUCAACUUUCUUUUGUUACGGACCCCCCACACCUCAAAUUUUAUGCAGGAGUUCCACUUAUCACCAAGCGAGGCAUACCGAUUGGAAGUUUAUUUGUGGUCGAUAGUCAAGCCAGGCCCGGGCUCUCCAAAGAUGACAUCUCUUUCUUGGGUACAAUGGCAUGCACUGUUAUGAAGCAUCUAGAGUUGAACCGAGAAGUAGAGGAACAUCGACGCGGUAUGAAGAUGAGCAGAGGUCUUGCAUCAUUUGUCGAAGGUCGUGCAGAACUCGAAGAGGCAGACAUGGAAGCAGAAGAUGGAGAAGGUACAAAGAUUGUUGGCCAGUUUGAAACAGACACAGGGAUCAGACGACAAAAAUCAAAGUCUUCAUCAUCAACAAAAGAUUCGAGAAUGUCAAGUGCUACUUCACUUUCUCUUAGCAAUGGUAAAGAAAAGGGGCAUGUAACCUCAACUUCAACGAUUCCUACAAGGAUAGAAGGUACCGUUUUGACAUCUGAACGAUCGGAUUCAUUCACCAAUGAACGACCAGGGAUGGAGUCCACACCCUAUUCCUCUUAUGGAGAGACUAGUACAACUGAGCAGUCACCUUCCGAUAUGUGCAAGACUGAUACCCCUGACGAGGAGUUUACUGAAGCUUCUGCUCUAAAGUUGCUCUUCUCACGCGCUUCCAAUCUCAUUAGGGAAGCAUUUGAGGUGGAUGGUGGAGCUGUAUUUUACGAUGCACAAAAGGGUUUCAGCAGUGAUGCGCAAACUUCUAACUUGGAACUGUCUGUUACUGAUAGCCAGACGAGUGGUGACGAUGAAAUGAGAAACGGAUUUAAUCCUCAAUCCUCCAUUUCACGACCUUUUACUCGAGCGUCGACAAUGUCACAAACACGAGAAAUCGAGAUUUUGGGAUUCUCCACCCCCGAGGCAUCAUCGAUUAAUGGUGAUCUAUACCCGGGAACUCAUUCAUUCUUACCAUUCGAGGAAAAGUCUUUACAUCAAUUUUUGCGCCGGUAUCCACGCGGAAAGCUAUGGACUUUUGAUUCGGAUGGAUCCAUGUCCUCCGCGUCAGAUGAUGAACUUCUUAAGAGUUACAAAUCUUCUGUAAGACCAGGCAGAAACCAACAACGUGGAAAGAACAAAGUGGCUAGGGCUGCAGCAGAUGGAAGAUUUUUGUCGAAUCAUUUUCCUGGUGUUCGCCAAUUGUUGUUUGUCCCGCUUUGGGAUGCUGGUCGUUCUCGUUGGCUCAGUGCAUGUUGUGUUUGGUCAACAGAGCCUACACGCAUUCUAUCCAAACAAAACGAGUUGUCGUUUCUCACUGCAUUUGGAAACAGUGUCAUGGCUGAAUGUUCUCGUAUAAGUACCGAAGUUGCGGAUCAGAAAAAGAGUGACUUCAUUGGAAGUAUUUCUCAUGAAUUGAGAAGCCCGCUGCACGGAAUACUUGCGUCUGCUGAGAUAUUGGACGAUCUUUCAUUGCCAAAUCUAGCUCAAGAACUUGUCGAAACAAUUGAUAGUUGUGGCCGUACCCUCUUGGACACUAUUAAUCAUAUCCUGGACUUUUCUAAAAUUAGUAGCCUUGAGAAGAAUUGGCGUAGAAAUCGACGGGGCUCCACGAAACGAAGAUCGCAAUCGAGUAGUGCUGGCCCCCUGGCUUUACAACAAUCCGAUUUGCCCAUGAUUAAUCUGUUCGCUCCUGUGGAUGUUGCAGUCCUUUGUGAAGAGGUGGUUGAAAGUGUUUUUGCUGGCUACGUUUUUCAAAAUGUCACGGCAAAAACUUUCGAUAUGGUCCAUGAUAUACAUGACAAAAGCUCGGAUUCGAAAAGACAAACAGGAUUGCUUGCCAUGUCAUCUUCAGCAAACCAAACCCCACAAGUUUCCGUCAUCCUGGAUAUUGCUCUAGAUAACUACAACUUUACUACACAGCCCGGUGCUUUCCGGAGAAUCAUCAUGAACUUGCUCGGGAACGCUUUGAAAUAUACGUCACACGGCUAUGUACGUGUCAAGUUAGAGACCGCCAAACUAGAUGAUCUUAACGUCCCUGGUGAUGGGAGAACUCCGAGAUCAAUGAUCAUAUUGACAGUGACUGACACAGGAAAGGGUAUAUCUAGCGAGUUCCUUAGAUCGAAGCUAUUCACUCCAUUUGCUCAGGAAAAUACUCUCUCAAGUGGGACUGGAUUGGGGCUGUCCAUUGUGAGGAGUAUUAUCAACCUACUUGAAGGAGACAUUACGAUUGAUAGCGAAUUGGGACGUGGUACGGAGGUCAGAGUUACCUUGCCACUUCUUCGCGAAAUGCCAAAAGAUACAUCAACACCAGCAACACCAAAAGCUGUAACCUCGUUGUUGCGUGAAACAGAUGAAUCAGUAUCAUUAUUACGAAGUGAAAUAAGCGGUCGUGAAGUAGGCCUCUUUAAUUUCAAUCCUCCUACUAUAGACCCUAUACUUGCAAGAAAGGGAAAGUUUCUCGAAGGGUCCGUCAGAAACUUCCUCACAAAUUGGUAUGGCUCGAAGAUUGUGCCAUUAUCGAAGAAUCCAGCUAUUAUCCUAGCGAACGCUCCAGACUUGUCUGUUCUCGCUAAUCUCCGUAAAAUGCUUCCUCGCCAAAGUAAACCGUCAGUUUUGGUUCUAUGUCCGCAUUCUUCACGGUUUAACCACUCAUUCGCAGAAGCUGGCAUCGAAGGCAAUGUCACCGUAGUAGCGAAACCAGUGGGUCCACUCAAACUUGCAAGAGCACUCCGAUCUUGUCUUGAAGGUGUAACAGCUGCAAGUGGUACAGCCGUCACGCCCGAUGCGUCUGGCAUGGCCCAAGGUAGCACUAAUGAUCUUAGUAACAUCUUUGAGGAUUUGCUCAUUUCUCCGAAUGGUGGCGAAGUACUGGACAAUAGUCGUAUGGCGGUUGAUAGCGAGAAUGCUCGGAAAGCUAUUGAAUCACCGACUCCAAACGCACUUGUUGAGAAGGGCAAAGAAUUCCCAUUUCCUUUACCUUUAGGUGGUAAAAACUCUAGUUCAAAUGGGGAACUUUCUUUGGAUAAGAACCUUCUCACCCCCAUAGCUUCAAGCUUUGGUCUCUCAUCUCCACCUAAUUCAUCGGUUGGGUGUGUGACUAGUCACCCAUCUGGUUCUUCAACUGCAACUGCAACUACACGUCAACCUUCAAUCACGAUCGCAGAUUCUGACCCAUUCGCACCAAAUCUACUUCUAGUAGAUGACAACAUGAUAAACCUUAAGCUUCUGCGUCACUUUAUAACGAGGUUAGGAUACACAACAGUUCACGAGGCAGAAAAUGGACUUGAAGCAGUAAAGAAAGUUGAAGAACGACCAGAAGGAUAUGAUAUUAUUUUCAUGGAUAUCAGUAUGCCAAUUCUAGAUGGAUUCGAUGCUACAAAGGAAAUUCGAAAAUUAGAAAAGUCAAGACGAGAGCGAGCGACAACCGACGAUGAAACAGACAAGAGUAAGAAGAAAAAUGAAGCACUAGUGGUGGCACUUACGGGUUUAGCGGGUAAAGAUGAUGUGGAGAAGGCGAGAGCUUGUGGCAUUGAUCUUUUUAUGACGAAGCCGGUGGCAAUGAAGGAGGUGAGGAAGAUGUUGGAGAAUUGGAGGGCUAAUCAGAAGGACUGA